UUGACGUUUCUCUCGGGCAAAAUAAACCAUUUCGUUAAGUCGGAAAACAGUCAGUUUCGGACUGUCGUGUGUUAAGUGUGUGCGAAAUGUUGCAAUAAAUCGGAUUGUGUACGAAGACAUGGUGACAAUGACUACCCUCUUAGUGUCCGCGGCCGAAUUAUCAAACAUUUUUUCCGUAAUUGCAGUACUGUUAUGUUUUUGUGCGAUGAUCCUGUUCAUCACCAGAAACAUGAUGGUGCUGCGGGUCCACGGCGACGAUUUCGUUUUUCCAAAUUCCCUCCAUCAAGUAUCGCCGAGGAUACCUCAAAUGAACAUGAUGAAAGUUCACAUUCCCUUCACUUUCAAGCUUUUAGAAACGUCCAAAUCGACUUAUUCAGAAGUGCAAUGCAGCGUAUCUAGUCAAGUCGAGUACCAAAUUCAGGCAUUUUGGGGCGUGAACAUCCGCGAGUUGCAUAUUUUCCUAUGGCGUCCCUGGUCCGACCUUCGCGAAGCCUUCCAAAGGGGCGACUUCCUCAAAGGCUUCUACCAAUACCCCGGAAUACAACUAAAAAAAAGUCCCCAUUCGGACCAAACCAUUACGUUGAAAUUACCAGCGGCGUCGCUCAAUCUGGGGACUCCCCCCCGAUUGUGUUACCCUUUGGUGAUUUUCUUGUUCCGCACCGACGCUGAGGAUAACAUCCAUCCGGACGAAACGGUGGCGUUGAUCAACGUUGUGCACAUCAAAGACUCCGUGUGCACCCUCCCCACCAGCAUCCUCGCCCAGUACCUCAAACAGGCCAAUGGGCAAUUAUCCUGUUUGAAACAAUUGUAUUUGGCGACGGGCAAUCCGGGGGGCUACGAGGAGGGGCAGAUCCCCCUGGCCGUGGCCGAGCCGGUGGAAGGGGGCCCCGGGCCGUUGGGACGCACACUGGUGUGCCCCACGAGCGACGACUCGGCCUUGUGGAACUCCUCGGGGGAGCAGUUGUGUGUCGUUUGUCAGUACUUCCCGCUCUCUAGGGCUCUGCUCCCGUGCAGACACACUUGUAUUUGUGCGAGUUGUUUUGUGAAGCUCGAUCGGUGUCCGAUGUGUCGGGGGCCCAUCAAGAGCUAUUUCUGCAUCAGGGGGGAGGAGUACAUGCCCAUUCAGCCGAGCUCCAAGACGGUUAACACACACAGCCCCCUUUACAACUGGUUGGAUAGUUGGAAUGAUCGACUAACGGACUUUCUCGGCUUUCAGCGGUAACAAGUCGAGGGGUUUUUAUUCAAAUUUCUUAUUUAGAGUAAAUAGAACAAAAUUGUGUAGUUAGGAACUGUUACUCAAUGUUCUCAAGUAAACAUCACUACAAGAAAACGAUUUUUUUUAUAAGGUAGGUUGUGAGGUAGAGUUACGUGUAAGAUAUUGAAUAUAUGUCCAUAUGACUUAGUCUUAAAUAUUUAUGUCCUUUUAUGCAAUAACAUUUUUUCUUUAUUGUACAUUGACUUUACACUAUAUUUUAGUAUUUCAUCUGACUUAAGCCUGUGAUAAUAUAUACGUUAAAAAUAAUAAAGGAAAUUUAUUAAACUCA